CAACCUCAUGGUGCAUAUAUAUAUGCACCAUGUAACAUUUAAUUUUGUGCUGGAAAACUAAUGUUUGGAAAUCUAAAAUGUUUUUGCACUGACUCGAUAAUGUAGAAGUCAUCAAAUAAAAAUAAAAAAUCUAUUAUAAAGUUUGUACUAAAAAAAAUUGGGUGCCUAAAACUUUUGCACAGUACUAUAUAUAUAUGGGAAGGAACAUGUGUGAGAUGGAUGGUCUUGAAAUAUAAUAAACCUGAUCCUCUAUGUGUAUGUGUAAGUGACGGAGUGAGACUAUUAUCAUACAUGGUGUCCUGUUUAUUUCCUUGCUGCCUCUCUUGUGUGUGACUACUGCAGCACAGGAGAUUUAUACACCUACUGGGAGAUGAUCGGUCAGUUUGGAGAGGAUGCGGUUACGGUGUUUGCUGCUGAACUCGGCUCUGCUCUAGGGUUUCUUCAUGAUUUUGGAAUCAUCCACCGCGAUGUUAAGAUGGAGAAUGUUCUUUUGUCAGAUCAGGGGCAUUUACGCCUGGCUGAUUUCGGUUUGUUCCGGAGGCUCGAACGUGGAGGGAGGGCAUUCACUAUCUGCGGGACAAUUCAGUACAUGGCUCCUGAAGUGCUGAGCGGAGGUCCGUACUGCCACGCUGCUGACUGGUGGUCACUCGGGAUCCUACUCUACGCAAUGGCUACUGACAACGUGGAGUCAUAAAGAAGGUCACUGACACAUGUCACUGUGCAGGGACAUUUACAGGUGUCCUGACUUGUAUAUGUGGAGCAAUAUACUUGAAUUAUAGUGGAAACCACAGUGGAGACCUAUACAUUUUUUACUAAAAUAUUCAAUGGUUUUGGAGAAGCAGCACACAGGAAGUGAUGUAAUACCUUAGCUGUUUCCACAGAGUUACUCCAUAAUCUCUCUCUCUCUCUCAAAAAAAGAAAUAAAGUUGUUAGACUUGUUACCUGCUGGUAACAAGUCUACCUUUGGGUGACAUUCUGCUAAAAACCACUGAAUAUAUUUAUAAAGGCCUUUUGCUUAAUUUGCUCAAUGCUCCAUCUUUUUUGUUAUGUUCAUUUUUGUUACACCACAAAUUUAUAUUUUAACUCAUGUUUAUUAUUACAGAAUCUGGUGGAUCUACUCAAUAAGCACACCAAAUAUAAUGUAAUAAAUAUUUCUAUUAUAGUAUGCAAUUUAGCGUAGGAUCUCAUGGCAAUGUGUAUUACCAUGGAUGAGGUUAUUGUAAUAGCAAAGAGGGACUAAAUCUGGAUUGGGAUGUUCAACAAGCACAUAUAGGUGUGAUGAACAGGUGUCCACAAACUUUUGGCUUUUACUGUAUAAAUAGCAUAACACAAGCAAGAAGUGAUAUUUUGAGCUCAAACUUACAGGGAACGUGUACAGUUUUAUUUAGAACAAAACACUUUCAAGAACAAAAAGUACUGCAAUUUUUCCCUCUACAAAACUUGUCUUUAAAUGAUCAAAUAUAUAUAUCUAUAAUAUUCAGAAUGUAAAGAUAGUUUUGGGUCAAGCUGUUUCAUAGACAAAGAUAAUUGUGUGUUUUGCAUUUGCUUAGGAUUUCAACAGAUGAAUAUAAUAAAUAACUGUACCAUAUAAUCCAACAUAUUUACUUGCCUCAAGUGUUUUUCACUAUUUCUCUCACCUGCACAAAUAUUUUUCACUUACACACAUUUG